GAAGUAAGCAUUAACCACCCUGUAUUCCGGUUUGUGGUUACCAGGGCACCGAGGAAACAGCAGCUUCUGCAAACGAAACGUAUCCAUGCACAACUAAAGCUAGUGGAUAAUACAUGGCCCUAAAACUAUAUGGUCAGAUACAAUUGGUAAAAAUACGUUAUAUAAAAUUGGUUUAUGUGCAUAUUAUUUUAGAAAGUUCGCUUUAGUUUGCUAGCUUGUAGCUAGCCAGCAAGCAACCAUAGUUGGAACCAAAUCUCAGUUCUAUUUAACGCUGCUGGAAAUAUGUUUAUUUAUCUCAGUAAAAAGAUUGCCAUCCCUAACAACAUACGGCUGAAAUGCGUUUCCUGGAACAAGGACCAAGGAUUCAUAGCAUGUGGCGGGGAGGACGGGCUCCUCAAAGUCCUGAAGUUGGACACACAGACCGAUGAUGCUAAGCUCAAAGGACUCGCAGCCCCUAGCAACCUGUCGAUGAAUCAGACGCUGGAAGGCCACAGCGGGGCAGUCCAGGUCGUGACUUGGAACGAACAGUACCAGAAGCUCACCACCAGUGACCAGAAUGGGCUCAUCAUCGUUUGGAUGCUGUACAAAGGCUCGUGGUACGAGGAGAUGAUCAACAACCGGAACAAGUCGGUGGUGAGGAGCAUGAGCUGGAACGCGGACGGCCAGAAGAUCUGCAUCGUGUACGAGGACGGGGCGGUCAUCGUGGGGUCCGUGGACGGGAACAGGAUCUGGGGGAAGGAGCUGAAGGGCAUUCAGCUGGCCCAUGUGGCCUGGUCACCCGACAGCAAGAUCCUGCUCUUCGGCAUGGCCAACGGUGAAAUACACAUCUACGACAACCAGGGCAACUUCAUCAUGAAGAUGGCGGUGAGCUGCCUGGUGAACGUCACCGGGGUGGUGAGCAUCUCGGGGAUCCACUGGUACCCUGGGACGGAGGGCUACGUGGAGCCCGACUGCCCCUGCCUGGCCAUCUGCUUCGACAACGGGAGGUGUCAGAUCAUGCGCUAUGAGAACGAUGAGAACCCGGUACUGAUCGACACCGGCAUGAACGUGGCCAGCAUCCAGUGGAACCAGAGCGGCAGCGUUCUGGCCGUCGCUGGCUCGCAGAAAGCCAUCGCCAUGGACAAAGACGUCAACGUGGUGCAGUUCUACACCCCCUUCGGAGAGCAUUUGCGGACCCUAAAGGUUCCUGGGAAACAGAUGACCGCGGUAUCCUGGGAAGGUGGAGGACUGAGAAUCGGCCUGGCCGUGGACUCGUUCAUCUACUUUGCCAACAUCCGUCCGGAUUACAAGUGGGGGUACUGCUCUAACACGGUGGUGUAUGCCUACACGCGCCCGGACCGGUUGGAGUACUGCGUGGUCUUCUGGGACACGAAGAACAACGAGAAGUUUGUGAAAUACGUGAGGAGCCUCCUGUCCAUCACCACCUGCGGGGACUUCUGUAUCCUGGCAACCAAGGCGGACGACUCGCACCCCCAGGAAGACGCCGAGGCGGACGCGGUAGCGGCGACGAAACGUCAGUCACAUGACCCUGCCGUGUCUUCCCGCCUCCUGCAGUACGUGCUGGUGCUGUGCAACUCCAUCGGGACGCCGCUGGACUCCAAGUACAUCGACAUCGACCCGCUGUUCGUUACCAUGACGAGGACGCACGUCAUCGCCGCGUCCAAGGAGGCCUUCUACACCUGGCAGUACCGCGUGGCCAAGAAGCUCACCGCCCUGGAGAUCAACCAGGUGGCCAAGACCAGGAAGGAGGGCCGGGAGAGGGUUUACCACAUCGAUGACACUCCCUCUGGAGUGGGUGAAGGAACGCUGGACUUCGGCAAAGCCUUCACUGGAACCAGAGAUCCGAUAUGCUGCGUUACAGCUACGGACAAGACUCUUAUUGUGGCCCGAGAGUCUGGCACCAUUCAGAGGUACAGCCUGCCCAACAUCGGGCUGGUGCAGAAAUACUCCCUCAGCUACAGGGCCUACCAGCUCUCGCUCAACUGCAGCUCCAGUCGUUUAGCCAUCAUAGACAUCACCGGGGUGCUGACCUUCUUCGACCUGGAGCCGCGGUCGGUGGGGGACAGCUCGGGGGAACAGGCGGCGGGGGCGGGGGACCCGCUCAAGUUCGAGCGCAAGGACGUGUGGGACAUGAAGUGGGCCAACGACAACCCGGACCUGUUCGCCAUGAUGGAGAAGACCAGGAUGUACGUGUUCCGGAACCUGGACCCGGAGGAACCCAUCCAGACGUCUGGAUAUAUAUGCAACUUCGAAGACCUGGAAAUAAAGUCUGUUCUAUUGGAUGAAAUCUUGAAGGACCCUGACAGACCCAAUAAGGACUACCUCAUUAACUUUGAGAUCCGGUCUCUGCGGGACAGCCGGGCCCUGAUAGAGAAAGUGGGGAUCGAGGACGCCUCCCAGUUCAUCGAGGAUAACCCGCACCCCAGACUCUGGCGCCUCCUGGCGGAAGCGGCGCUGCAGAGGCUGGAUCUGAAGACUGCAGAGCAGGCCUUUGUGCGCUGUAAGGACUACCAGGGCAUCGAGCUGGUCAAGCGGCUGGGCAACCUGCAAAGCGAGGCCAUGAAGCAGGCCGAGGUGGCCGCCUACUUCAGCCGCUUCGAGGAGGCCGAGAGGAUGUACCUGGACAUGGACCGCAGGGACCUGGCCAUCAGUCUGAGGAUUAAGCUUGGCGACUGGUUCCGCGUGCUGCAGCUGCUGAAGACGGGGUCCGGGGACAGCGACGACGCCCUGCUGGAGCAGGCCUACAACGCCAUUGGGGACUACUUCGCCGACAGACAGAAAUGGGUGAACGCGGUGCAGUACUACCUGCAGGGCCGGAACCAGGAGAGGCUGGCCGAGUGCUACUACAUGCUGGAGGACUACGAGGGCCUGGAGAGGCUGGCCAGCUCCCUCCCCGAAAACCACAAGCUGCUGCCGGAUAUCGGUCAGAUGUUCGUCACGGUCGGCAUGUGCGACCAGACGGUGAACGCGUAUCUGAAGUGCAACCAGCCCAAGGCCGCGGUCGACGCCUGCGUGCACCUGAACCAGUGGAACAAGGCCGUCGAACUGGCCAAAAACCACAACAUGAAAGAAAUCGGGUCCCUUUUGGCCAAAUACGCUUCCCAUCUGCUGGAGAAGAACAAGAUCCUGGAGGCGGUGGAGCUGUACAGGAAAGCGCAUCACUUCCUGGACGCGGCGAAGCUGAUGUUCAAGAUUGCCGACGAGGAGGCUGGGAAGAGGACCAAACCCCUGCGGGUGAAGAAGCUGUACGUGCUCGCCGCCCUGCUGGUGGAGAGCUACCAUGACCAGGUGAAGAGCUCCCAGCAGAGCAAAGCCAAGGGCAAGAAGUCUGAGGCCACGUCGGCGCUGGAGGGGCUCCUGGAGGAGGACUCCGCCUCGUCUCACAGUCGCAUCGUGGACAGCGCCUGGCGCGGGGCUGAGGCCUACCACUUCUUCCUGCUGGCGCAGAGGCAGCUGUACGACGGAUACGUGGACGCCGCCAUGAGGACAGCUCUCCACCUGCGGGACUACGAGGACAUCAUCCCCGCGGUGGAGAUCUACUCCCUGCUGGCGGUGUGCUCGUCGGCCAAUCGGGCGUUCGGCACCUGCUCCCGGGCCUUCAUCAAGCUGGAGUCCCUGGAGAGCCUGGCCCUGGAGCAGCGGCAGCACUACCAGGACCUGGCCCUGGAGAUCUUCACCAAGCACAGCCCCAAGGACAACAGGAAGUCCCAGCUGGACAGCCCGCCCGAGGGGAGCGAAGGCAAGCUGCCCACCUGCAUCGUGACGGGACGGACCAUCUCAGAGUACCAGUUCUGGAUGUGCAACACCUGCAAGCACUGCGCCCUGGAGCAGGAGAUCAGCAACCACCGCUACUGCCCGCUGUGCCACAGCUCCCUGGCAUAGGGCAACCACCGCUUCUGCCCGCUGUGCCACAGCUCCCUGGCAUAGGGCAACCCGGCUCUGAUGCCCUCUGUGCCACAGCUCCCUGGCAUAGGGCAACCCGGCUCUGAUGCCCGCUGUGCCACAGCUCCCUGGCAUAGGGCAACCCGGCUCUGAUGCCCGCUGUGCCACAGCUCCCUGGCAUAGGGCAACCCAGCUCUGAUGCCCGCUGUACCACAGCCCUCUGGCAUAGGGAAACCCAGCUGUAAUGCCCACUGUACCACAGCUCUCUACCACAGGGCAACCAAACUCUAAUGCCCACUGUACCACAGCCCUCAGGCAUAGGGCAACCAACCGUUAGUGCCCGCUGUAUCACAGCCCUUUGGCUGUGAAUAGGGCAACCAUACUUUACACUGUUCUGUACAUGGCCUCAAACUAAACACUAUUGAUGUAGGGCAUCUAUUAAACUGUAGCUUAGGGCCGUCAGGCUGUUGUGGAACAUAUCUGUGCUCUGCAAAUUGAUUAAUGUGUUAAGCCUAAUGUUGCACAAGAUGGGUGCCUGGUUGGUACAGAGCAUUUAAUGUUGCCUCUUCUGAACAUAUGAACAGUUUCUUUUUUAUAGACAUUUCAUAUUGUGAGUUUUAUACUGUAGCUGUUCUGCAUUGUUUGAUAUUUUAUUCUUAUAUGGUAUAGUAAACCGAGUUUGAGCCCCUUUGCUGAAAAUACAUGGACACCUUUCCUCACAGAAACGUGGACCAGAAUGUUUUUUAUCCGGUACAAUACAAGCCCAUGGCCAGAGGCCAACCAAAACUGUAAAUGACAGAAAUUUUAUGAGGAUCUCUAGACGUUUUUACAUAUGAAAGACACUCAUGGCAUCCUCCAUUUGAAAAUGAAUUUUCGUUUUUUUCAUUUUUUCCCAUGUAAUUCCAUAAUUUUGUAAAUAUGUAAUAAAUUAUAUACGAACAGAA